AGGAGCCAGUUUAUGGAAAUCUGUCAGACUGUGCUGAAGGUGGCCAGCUCUAGCUCCAUGGGUAUGAUUCUACCUGUGUUUGCGCGUAUGGAGAGAGAUCUGGGAUGCUACUCAUACACCCCCUCAAGGUCUCAGAGUGCAGGUUCGUCCUCCUCAGAUAAGACCUCUGGAGCUCCUGAAGGUCUGGGCAGCGUGCUGCGGAUGCAAGGUGCCCUGGCAGCCUUCCACAAGUGCACUGCAGCAUGGCGGCGUCCAGCUCUCGCUAAUGCCGUUCGUCCUCCCUCCAUGACUAAGCUUCGCAUUUACUGUGCCAAGCGCAGACCUUCUCCUGACUUGCCUGAUGUUGCUACCGUGACGCGACCUUCCACUGUGACUGAGCUUCGGAUUUACAGCGCCAAUCGCAUGGCUUCUCCUGACCUGCCUGAUGUUGCUACCAUGACGCGUCCUUCCACUGUGACUGAGCUUCGAGCUUACAGCGCCAAUCGCGUGCCUUCUCCUGAUCUGCCUGAAGUUGCUACCAUGACGCGUCCUUCCACUGUGACUGAGCUUCGAGUUUACAGCGCCAAUCGCGUGCCUUCUCCUGAUCUGCCUAAAGUUGCUAGUGUGCUGCCACAUGAGGGUGAAUCCCACGACCCAACAGGCAUCAACGGGGUAUUGGAGAAAGUGUUGUCCAAUGAAGACAUCGACCACGUCGCCCAACACCUGGUCGGCCAAAUGCAAGGUGUUCUUCAGGAGGAUAGGCCGUCUGUGACUAAAUGCUGCGCCAGCCCACAGCUCACUGAGAUGUACUCUUACGCAGAGACGGCGAUCAAAGACUUGCUCCAGCCUUAUUUCCAGCCUCUUGUGGCUCACGCUGCUUCUGUGGACAACGCAGAAUUGAAAUGUGCUGCUUCGGCAGCCCCUGAUGCAGUAGACGCAGUAGAAGCAAAGGAUGAGGACGCAGUAUCUUCUCAGAGCAGGGCCCAAAGCGCCAGGUCCAGCACUGCCAGCUGUGAGCUGGACAUGAUCCAGCCAGACUCCUCUGCGUUGCGAGUGCGGGCCAGCAUGGUGAGCUUGUUCACCGACCUGAUGGUCAACCAGAUGAUGGACGAGCUUCACUUGGACGUACCUGCCCAACAUGACGCUGCAGACGAAACAGACGCAGCGAUCGCAGGAGAUGCCGAUGGCUGCUUGACCACUGUCCUCAUGUUGCGUCUGUUGGCGACCUUGAGGGAUGGAGGGAGAUCCCCCGUUGAUAAGGGAAUGAUUCAGGAGCUCAUUGACAACAUCCUGUCAGAGAUCAGCGGUGCCUCUGGAGUGCCAAAUGUCCAUGGCUACUUAAACAACACCAGGAUUCAGAACAUCAACAGGACCAUGGAGAAGUUCCUGCUGAAGGAGUUUGGCUCCAAAAACAUCCUGCAGAGAGCAGCGAACCCAAAGGACAACUCGUUUAACAUGACCUUUCUGGCAAAGUUGAGCAAAGUCUUGAACGCAGAAGUCACUGGUGCCCCAGCUGCCAUGAGUGGUUCGUCUUUCCUCGGGUCAGAACCCAAAGCAACAGGUGGAAUGAAAACAGGGAAGAAAUCCAAAUUCGGAGUCAAGAUACCAAAUAGACGAAAGCGAAGCUCAAAGGUGUCUCCAAUAAACAUUGCGGCUGACAACAAGGAUCAACAAACAGUUACACCUGCUCCAUCCGGGAACACCUCUGCUGCAGCGGCAGGCAAAGUGAGUCCUCGUAAACGCUCCUGGAUCAAGAAACUAUUCAGCUGCUGCCUCCCAAAGGGAACCGAAUUUUAAACAAACCCCACACACAAAACACCACAGCCUAGAUGUUUUCUCCAUCCACAUCCAGGCCAUAUCCAUAAACACACACAUAGUCAACACACACAAUCAUAUUUUGAGAUGUAACAGAGACAACCACUUAUCACCCCACAAAACACCAGCAA